AUGGCACCAUACAGGGUCGCUUUGAUCCCCCCAAAGGGCGAUAGGCUUGACCUUGUCGUACCGUUUGAUGGCAGUCGUGCAUUCUCGGAUCUAACGGCUACUGUCAUACAACGUGCCUCCAAGUACCGCUCCUUGCCUUCCUACGUUCGACAAGAUCAUUUGAAACUCUGCCUAGGCUCGGAUGAUGGCUACCUGAUCGAGGCAGACGACAUUGUCCAGGAUGUGAUCACCACAUCAGACGUGCUUUUCGUCAUCUUUCUCGAUGGCCCGCUAGCAGGCGCUCAGCUUGAUGAUGAUCAACUUUCCGUUGUCGGUGCACUUCAGAUCCAAAUCAUCACCCCAGCUCUAGCACAACGAAAUCCCGAAUUCCGCCAUAUCCCCCUCCUGAAAGACGGCCGCUAUUACCCACCUUCCUCAACUUUGAGAGAGAUCAAAGAUGAUGUUGCUCAAUAUCUCCGCCUGCCGACUGUCCCGCCUGAACAACCGAUGGAUGCUGAAUGCAAUUGCAAGUUAGCUGAGCUUCUAGUGAAGAGAGGUGAAUGGGAAAAGAUUCCUUGCGAGGUUCAAAACUGCACAGGCUGUUGCUUUACUUCAUCGCGCAUCUCCGGAAUGAUACCAUGCGCUCGAUGCCACAAACCUGUUAGCUCUCAUAACGAUACAAAGGAGGCAGGCUUGUGCCACUCAUACAUUCUCCGCCGGUCAGACCUCUCCUGUGGCCAUGUUAUCCACUCUCAGUGUCUCAACAGCGGAGUGGAGUAUGAAUGUCCCUCGUCCUGUUACACGGCAAAACACUGUUACACAACAUCUUCUGCUCAUGUCUGGGUUGUCUCUGGGAAUGGCCACAUUGAGAAGCUGGAACUGGCAUCGAACAAUCACCCAGCGCUGAUGGCGAGGCUUGCUGAUCGAUUCGGAGAAAAUUUCACCCAUGCAAAAGCCGUGUUUUUCAAGGGAGGUCUCGAAGACGGUGACGCUUAUAACCGACUGCCCGUCGUGGCUGUUUGUGCCACCGCGAGGCAUCAACCAAAUGGCGUCAGCUCACAGUCCUGCCGAGGUGCCUUCCGUACCAGACUCGAUCUUCACACCAUCGAAGGCCCUAUCAACACCCACAAUCUUGACCUGACACUUGAAAAUGCUGGAUUGGCUGAAAUCGCCAUCAACGGUAUCCUUACGCUCUACGCCGUCGAGUGGACAUACGACGCGAACGAGAAGAAAGGAAAUGGGAAAGAUGCUAUAUUCACAGCUGCUUGCCACUGGAGGUUGCCAUCGGUCCAAUCCGACCGUGGUAUGGCUGCUGUUCUAGCAUCACUUCGAGUAUUUUCACAUCUCGUCGGAUCUGAAGAUUUUGAUGACCGCCGUCAAAAUGAAGUUCUCAGCACGCUCCACAUACUCACCCGCUUCCCGCCGGCGGUGAGGGCCGCCCACAUUUUGAUGGAUGGGAAGAGCCUCAAGUCAAACGAAAGUGCCGCUCUUGUGCAGAGCAUUGCUGGAGUGGCAGAGGAACUGAUACCUCAGAACCUCAUAUCGAACGAUCCGAGGCGGAGCUUGGAAGGUGCCAGACUGGUCCUUGGACUGAUUCUCCAUAACGUUCGACGGCAGCAAGCUCCGGAACAUGCAGGUCCGGGCACAGCAGAGGCAUCAAGGUCUAGACUACCCUACAUUUCGGGGUAUCAUACCGUUGACUUGAGGGAUGUCAAAACGCUAGAGGUAGUCACCGAGCCGGUUUUGACGAAUGUGGGCUUAGUUAACAAGGGUGUCUUCGAGGCAUUCUCCAUUUCCGGGCCCCUGAAAGAAUAUCCUUCAAGCUACCUCACGGACCGCAGCCAGGAAGAUUCUGUUCGGAUCCGUGUAGCCCUGCUCUACGGUGGCGCGGCUCUAGAGGCACCAUACUACGAUGCAGAUGCGUUGGGAGCGGCAAUUGGUGAGUGCGCAGCUGUUCAAUCGCGCUCUCUUGACGUAAAGAGUCUAUCUUGCGACAUUGCAUACCUUGCUUCUUUGUGCGAGGAGACCAAGCUCGUCGUCGUCGCACCGCGUCAGUUGUCAGACGCGAAGGCUCCGUGCCUGACCCUCGACCGGAAUGGCAACUUGGCGGUUUAUACGGGAAGGGCUGCCUGCGCUGCGCCAGGCCACGAUCACGCAGUGUUUCACCCGUUGACCGGAGCUGAGGAGAAUGUUGAUGUAACAAUCAUUGCUCAGGUGCUGGAGCCAAUCCUGCUGGCUCGCAAGACGGAUGGGACACAUGUCUUCGAUCUUUUCAGCGCAAGCUUCCGCCACAAGGACUCCCUUCCAACUGAACUAGUUGUCUUCUGCGUGGACUGCAGUCAAAGCAUGAACGAGUCAUCGGGUUUUCCGGAGCUAGAGGAGGGCGACGACGACGGCCCACUCUGUUCCAGUGUUGAUCACGACGUUGUCUUGGAUGAUGAAGACGAUACAGAAGUUCCGUUAGAGGAGAUCAAGUCCUGGUUACGCGGCCACGAAUCUUAUGAGGACAUCCUUCAUAUUGUUCACCACUAUCCGUUCAAUCGCCAUGACGUCGUGAGGGAUAUUCUCGAGUUUCUGAGAACCUUGAUAAGUCGAGAGCUUGUUCACUUGGCGACCAAGCGACGUAGAAAGUCCCGAUGGGCUACGUUCGCAUUUUCUCGUACCUCGUCUACCGAGCGGCAAAUGAAUUCUCUACGGAGAACCCUUACCGGAUUGAAUCUCCAUGAAAGAGCUUUGUCCGACUUUCUGCUUUUCACUGCCGAGGAUCCAUCGUUUGAAUCAAAAGAAUUCACGUGGUCUUAUGGUGAUGAUUUGCCCGGUGGCUCCCCAUCCUCCUCAGCCCAGGAGGUGGUAGAACUAGGCGACUUUUGCGCCGUCCCUCAGGAGUACCUCUGUCCAAUUAGCCAAGUCAUCUUCGAAGACCCAGUGGAUACAUCGGAUGGUUUUAUGUUCGACAGAAAGGCAAUCGAGAGGUGGUAUCGAGUCCGCAAAAGCUCGCCAUUGACGGGGCUUCCCAUCGAAGACACGACUUUGAGGCAUAAUGAAGUCAUGGCGAAUCAAAUCAAGGCCUGGGUAAAGGCAGAAGAUGUCAUCAAUUCUUUGCCCUCGACGCCUAAGCGUACCCGACUCUCCGCACGCCAGUCAGGAACUAUCAUUGACUUCGUUGGACCCUCAGUCCGCUUCAGCAGACAGAUUCCGGGAUCGGCACGGCUGUUGGACCUACACAAGAUCGCCUUCCGAGGAAUGCGAGGCCUUUACGCCAGAUUCUCGCUAUACAUGGGAGGUGUCCACCUGCCUUGCUCUGAAGAGAAUAUGGUUCAAAAGGGUAUGGUAGGCAGCCAGACUAUCACCAUCAGUCCAAACUACACCCCACACGGUGAAACUGCCGGAGUCUCAACGAGUCAAGAGCAAAUGUGUCUCAUUCGAGUAUACGGCGCCCAUGACUUUUCAGAGGAGUCAUUCAAUUACUGGGUACCGCUGAACUCUGAAAUUACCUUCGCUUCGAUUAUUUUCCGCAACUGGAGAUUUGACAUUCAAGACUGUGCUGUUGAUUGUGAUUAUGAUAAGUCUCCAUGGACAGGCCUUAGAGAUGGCGGCGAUGCCGUUGCCAUUGGCACCAUACACGAUUCUUGGGCUUCCUUGUCCGAACAUUUGUGGGACCUUCCUCGCACAAAGAUCCAAGAACAUGAAGAGAUCUAUGGACGCAUACGCGACGCGGCUAAGGAGUCAGACUCAGACUCGGACCCAGAAUCGAACUCAGAAUCAGACUCAGACACGAUCCCGGGAGAGCUCUACCAGUAUGACCGUCAUCGAGUUCUGAAAGUCAGACUAUACAAAUACGAGAGUCCGGAGGAACUCGAGCAACGUGAACUGCAGAAGCAGAAGGUCUUAUCAAGAAUGGCGGUGACUAAACAGGUCUUCUCGCAAUUCAUCAACCGAUUAAUUGCGUACAAUUUCCCCACGAAUGUCGGCCUGGUCACCUUCGGGACAGCGGUGAGCAUCUCGCAGCGAGUGACGAGCGUCAUCGAGAAUUUUCGACAGGCAGUGGAUAGUAUGAAGGAAGAAGGUGACACUGCUCUAUGGGAUUCUGUUGCACUGGCGGCAGAUCAUCUGAUCGAAUCCGGUCGACGCUACCCUGAGGUCAAGAAAAGAAUCAUAUGCCUAUCUGAUGGCCAAUAUACGAGCUCAGUUAAGAAGGUUGAGGAUGUCUGCCGGACAUUGAUACAGCAUGACAUUGUUGUGGACUCGGUCUGCAUCGGAGAGGAGAAUAAUUCUGCCUUGCGAACGGUCUCUUAUCUUACAGGUGGAUACAAAUUUGUACCCAACUCUGUCGAAGAGGCUUCUGCAUUGUGCGAGCUGGAGCCGGUGCUGUCGAUCCAUGAACGACCACGAAUAUAUCGGCCUAUGUCGGCCUCAUUUUUUAGCUUUCCUCGCACCACUCAUUCUGCAAGGGCCGACCCCGUUACCAGGGAUGAUUUUCCAGAUCGCAAGACACAUGAGAAUCUCAGUGACACAUUUAUCCAAAUCGGUCGCUUCGAAAGAACAGGGGGGUCAAGAUUUUCUGAGCAGGCGCAAUCUUCGAGCUCGUCGAUUCGGUCCCGGAGACUCUUGGAGGAAAUUCGCGACAUUGCCAAUCACUCUCAUCCUUCGUACGACGUGUACAUCUCUGAGAUCAAUAUGGGGUUCUGGAAGAUUGCUCUGCAAGGCCCGAGUGGUUCGGCGUACGCUAGUGGAGCAUUUGUCCUAUAUCUGGACAUGGGGGAGGACUAUCCACGAAAAGCACCAAGUGGACGCUUUAUCACUCCCAUCUUUCACCCCAACGUCAACAGACACGGAAGAAUUUGUCACUCUAUUUUCGACCGGAACUGGACCGUUGACACCACCAACAAGCAAAUCUUGGAUACCAUCUUCGGCCUCCUCCUCGUGCCUGAGUUCACGGAUCCCAUCAACACCGUCGUGACGUUGAAUUUCUACUGGGACGAGGUCGCAUUCAAAGAUGAGGUGCAGAAGCACAUCCAGAGGCAUGCUAGGAAGUCAAGAGCCGAGUUGGGCCGAGCUAUUCUCGAAGGAAGCAGAACGUGA